ACGUGCAACGCGCGCGAUCAAGACUUUUGCUUCGGCUGCUGCUGCUGCCAAUAAAUACUGAAGGCAGGCUACAAAAACAAACGCCAGCAAUGUGUUUAAUGCAGUAAUCCGUUUUUGCGAGCAUUUUUGACAAGGAAAGCGAAACAAAACUUCGCAGUGACUGUGAAAGUAAUAAACAACGACCAGCAACGACAACAACAACCACAACAACAGCACCACCAGGCAGCUGCAAAAGAUAUUCAAUUACUAGUCCGUUGCAACAACGACACAAAAUGAGAAUUCAAAUAUUGGCCCUAACACUUUUGCUGGGCCUCGUCGUCGUCGGCCAAGCACUUGAUGCCAAAGCCAAGAGCGAAGGCAGCAGCUCCGCCUCCGCGCAGUUGGAAACGGAAGCGACCAAAGACAAGCGACAGGUGAGCAGCAAGGAGACGCCCAUUUAUCCGAACCAUCGCAGUUCAGCUGCUGAAGCAGCCGCUGACGAUCCCGAGGAUGGGCAGGAGUCGAUCUAUGGCAGCAAGCCGAAUCAGUUCAUCAUACGCCCCAUUGCACCGCAUCAGCAUCAGCAGCACGAGUCGCAUCAGGAGCCGCAGUUGCGUAACUUUGCAGCAGCCAACUCGCGCCCACACGCUGCACAGCUGCUCGAGCAAAGCCAAGAGCUGCAGCACUACGUCUAUCUGCAAGAUAUACAGCGACACCAGCCCAAGGCACUGGCAUCUGCGACUCAAGGUAAGGCAGCGACACAGCCCGCCAAGAAGGCAACGCCCGUUGCCGAGGAACAGGAGCAGGAACAGGAGGCGGAACAACGCUACGCGGUGUCCAUACAGCCACAGCCAGGCUUGAGAGGCGGCCCCUAUUCGCCAGCGGCUUAUCAGCUGCCCUUGCCACUGCCUGCACCACAGCAUCAGCAUCAGCAACAGCAACAGCAGCAACAUGCUCAACAACAACAGCAACAGCAGCAAUAUCAAAUCAUACCCGAAGAGCAGUUCUUGAAAAUUCUCGAAGAGGAGCUGCAGGCAAGAGCUUAUCAUGAGCAACUACGUCAGCAGCAACAGCAACAACAACAGCAACAACAGCAGCAGCAACAACAUCAACACCAACAGCGCCAGCCUCCACCGCAGCCCAAACCGCUGCCCGUGCACAGCACCGCAGCCACGCACAAAGUCCUUCAGCAGGCAGAGCCCGUCCUGGGCCUAGGUGGCUAUCGGGAUCGCUAUGUGGCCGAACAACAGCUGGUGCAGCCCAGCUACUCUCGUGGUGGACCCAAGUAUUUGCCUUUACCCCAGUCACAGGAGGAGGAUGAGUCGCAGGCGCCUGCGCCACAGCAGCGCCCUCAGCCACAGCAUGCGCAGCAACCGCAGCAGCGGCUGAUUUCUGGCCUGCCUCCGCAGAUUGCCUACUAUCAGCCACAGAUUAGCUACAAGACGUUGCCCAAUCAUCCAUUGGCUAAAUCCUCGCUGGAGAGUGAAAUCGAGAAGCUGCUGGCCGCCAACAAACCAGGUCCGGGUCAACAGGCUCUGGCCUAUGUGGACAGCAGCAAUGAGCCGACGUUGGUGAAUCAUCAGCAGCACGUGACCCGGCUGCCACCUCCACAGCAUCCACCUCCACCCACUUCGCACCCGGCUCUACGCCAGCCCAAGGCCUAUUUGGCCAGCACCCCAAACUCUCUGUUGGAUGCCAACAAUCAACCUUUUGUGCCUUCGCUUUUCAAGUUUAGCAACUUCCAACAACCGACACCUGUUUAUCCUGGCCCGCAGCCGGAAGGCAAGCGGUUGGGACCUGUUAUUUAUCCCACUGGCGCACCUACUCAGCCACAGCCCUCGCAAUACUACUACCAGGAGACGGCUCCCACAGCAGCGCCCAAGCCCAAGCACUAUCGCACGAAGCAGUACAAACUCCCAACGCCCUCCCCCACAAAGUCCUAUGAGAAGGCGCUGCUCUAUGCAGAAUAUGCGGAACGUGCCCAGCCUCCAAGCACUGCACCCACCAAUGCCCACUUCUAUCCUAGUCCACCUGAUCCGAUCAAGCAUGUGCCCCAUGGUCAACAGCGCGCUGUGGUGCCCACUGUGCAGCCCAUUGAUUAUCCAGCUCAUCCAUCUCCCUCACAGUCCAGCAUUUAUGUUUCCCAGGGCACAGGCAUAGCCACGCCCUCUCGUGUCACACCCACUGCCGCUACGGUGCACAAGCUGCGAACCCUGGAUGAGGUGAAGCAGCUGAAUCUGCCACCACCCAAUGGCAAACCCCUCACCCAGGCCGAGUUCCAGGCACUAGUCGAAGCUGGCUACCCAGUCAAAGCAGUGCCCGUACCUGUGCCCGUGCCCUAUGAGCAGUACGUCAAGGAUCAUCCCGAGUAUCGCAACCAUCCACCUGUAGACUAUGCGCAUCUCAUGCGUCUGGCCACACGCCAACUUACAGCCCAUCAACAUCAGCAUCAACACCAACUGGCGCAUCAGCGCGCAGCGCCCUCUGAGCCAUCGGUAAAGAUCCUCUCCUCGCCCUCUUCCGCCGAGGCGCAACAGCAGACGGCGACGGGCAUUGGAGGUGGAAGCGUCACAUAUUUGCAGCGAAGGCCGCGGGACGAACAGGACACAGCUGUCGCUGGCAGCGAGACGAAGGCAACGGCACCUGCCGAGCCGGUGGCAAAUUCCACAUAAGAUGCAAUCCUUUAGUUAAUCUCACUCGCCCUUUGCCUAGUUUUAAGUAUUGUAAAAAUGUUUCUGCAUGUUC